AUGGCAAUUCAUGCUAGCAAGAUGGAUGGGACGAUCGAGGAAGCCACUCCAAUGCGCAUUUGCUCUACAGACUACUCGCUUGAAAACACUGCGAAAAGCGUCGACAAAGACCCCCGAACAUCCCCUUCCCCACCAUGGACCGCCACCGCUCGCUCAUUUGGUCGUUGGAUGUUGACACCCUUGGGAUUUGGAAUUACGAUAUAUGACUUGAAUGUGAUAGCCUGGGGUGGAAUGCUCUUUCUGCUGCUUUGCAAUGCUGCCCCUGCAAUGUGUCACCCGAGCUGCAACAGUCUCGAUUCACCCCGGCGGAUCUGGAUUGAGAUUGACUCGCAGAUUCUCAAUGCCCUCUUUUGCGUGACGGGCUUUGGCCUGGCUCCGUGGCGUGUUAUCGAUACUUACCACUGGUGCUUCUGGCGACUUGGCUGGUCGGCGCGCACUCGUCAGAGGGGGAUCGAUCGUCUUGCUACGAUUCACGCCAAGUGGUUUCUGCCACACACAUAUACCAGUAUCCUUCCCCGGACGGAAGACUCUGGGAUCAGAGCGAGCAUGGAAGGGAGUGGUCAUGUUUCGCCCACUUCUCUUUGGAAAAUGGACGUGGUUGUCUGGGGGAAUAUGCUUAAUACCGUGUUCCAGAUCUGCUUGGCUGUCUUUAUGUGGGCAAUGAAUCGAUUCAACCGACCCAGCUGGAGCACUGGUCUUUUUGUUUGCCUGGCAUGUCUUGUCGCUGCUGCUGCUGGAAUAGUGAUGUGGCUUGAAAAGAAACGGAUCCGUCGAGCGAAUGAACAUCCUGGGGCUUUAUUAUUAGUUCCCCAGUCGGUUCAGGUAAAUUCAACUCCGGGCAGUUGA